ACUGCACUGCCAUGACUGGACUAGGAAAUUCCAGAUAGAUCAGGUUUCAAUCGUGGGUGAAAAGAAUACAUGUGCAUGUAUGCGUGUAUUCGUGCUGGUGUAUAAAUCAGGAUUUACAUUAUAUCACUCACCACUGCAUGUAUACAAGUUUGCAUAUAUUCUGGUGUAUUCUUUGACAGUUACUGUAGGCAGGCGUUUUUGGAGUGGUACUGUGAUUGUGUUAUCUAGAAAUUUGUAGGUGAAGUUGUUGAUUGCCUUGAUGUGUGAGGAUAUUAUGGCUGAGCCAUGAAUGUUUGCCGACAUUUAAAUGUAUGUAAAAUGAUCUGCUAUCAACUAUCUUGAUGUUGAGACACGGGUAGUGAGACUACUGUCAAUGUGUACAGUGACUCUGACAGAGUUGUAGAGUGUUACAACUGUGUGCUUCAUACGGCUUUGAUGUAACACUAAGGUAGUGUGAAAUAGGUUUUUAAGAAUUGCGUCAUUUGUUACAAUUGUUUACGGUUUCCUGAAUGUUGGAUUACCGAUGGAGAAACUCAGUUGCCGUCGAUAAACUUCGUCUUCAAACAGGUUACGGGGAAUUGUCUGCUGUGAUGGUUUUAUACAGAAGAACACAGACAACUCAGCAGUCUUAGUAUUUUGGGCAGCUGGAUUUUAAGCCAAAGAAAAAUAUGUCCAUCUUUAAGAAAGAUUCCAAGAAGUCUGCAAACAAAGGAGGAGUUGAACAGUUUGAGAAUUCUCAGAGACAACAACGCAAAAAGUCAGCCUCAAAACCGAUUCCAGGGCUGAAAAUUCACAGAGCUGACUCCAUGUUAGAUCUCUCGUGUGAAUCCCAGACGCAGACUUGUAAGUGUUGUAUUUUACAACCAGAGCCGCAUCUGCCUCACUUUCCACACAAGACAGACCCUGUCUUAAUUCCGUGCACUUCCGAGUUUGAUGUUUGUAUUCAGCUUUGUAAAGACAACAUCUAUCGAUUGGUAGCGAUGCGUCAAGACACUGACGAGUUGUUCCUGAAAAUACCACUGAACCACGCGAAGUACGUCAUCCGCUCUGACACUUGGCAUGAGGUUGAAUUAACGCAGUGUGGCAGGAAGAAAACCAUUGUGCUCAAUUUUCAAAAUUCAAGUAAACAGAGAAAGGAAUCCUUCCAUAGCUUUUUCAAUGAUCUGUUGAAUAUUCUGCACAACCAGAGAGCAUUGGCACGAGUGGCUGUCUUUUACCCUGCAGGGUAUCAGUAUGCUGGAAGUCCCGUCAAAGAAGUUGUAAAAGAAGAGCCCAAAGCUUUGCACCCUCCCCCUGUAGCAGCAAUGGAGAAUGGGACAUUAUCUCCGGCAGAUAUUCUAAACAAUUUGUCAGAACUGGCCAAAAGCUUGGAAACUGGAGAUGUGGAAGAAGCCAAAUGCAGGGCCGCCACAUUAGCCAGGCAAAAGGUCAAAGUUCACUUUGAGGUGGUUCAUCCAGCGGCAGAUGUAGAGAAGGAAUUCAGCGUCAAAGUUUGUGUGGAAGAUAGAGACUCAUCUGGAGGAUCCAUUAGUCUGAUGGUCCGUCAAUCAGACACCGUAGCAAAUCUCAAAAAAAGAAUAGAGAGAGAAUAUGGAUUUCCUCAGGCUAUACAGAAGUGGAUUAUCGGACAGAGGAUUCCGAGAGAUGAAGACGUGCUGAAGAACUGUGGAGUGAAGAGCCCUGGCUGUACACUCUUCCUCUACUUGGUCUCCUCGAGAUCUGUCGGCCUUACCAAGGAAGCAUUCAUGCAGGCACAGGCAGCUUCAGGUGAUGUGCCAACACUAGAUUCAGAGGAUGAUCAGAAUGGUUACAUGUCCAUGGAUCACUUUAUGCGAGGCAUAGGGGCAGGAGCAGGCUCUAUCCCUGGGGGUCCAGUACCCUUACAACACACCAGACCCCGACCAAGGCCCCGGCAGCCCAGCACAGGUAUUAGCCAACGUGCCAAGGCUCCGCCUCUGCCCACUUCUCCCCCACCCCCACUGCGCAUACCUCAGGGAGCAGUGGGUUUCUCUGAUCCACCCAACAGGCCCGCUGAUGUGGUCAGUGCAGAAUCUGCACAGAUGGCACCCAGGCAGACGGCUGUAGAAGUUAUGCUUGGUCAGCCAUCAGCUGUGCAAGGCAGGAGCACAGCUCUUGGGUCUUCUACAGAAACAGAAGGUUGGAUAUGUCCAGUGUGCACUUUUAUCAACUUGCCCACCCGCCCAGGCUGCGCAAUGUGUUCCGAGUCUCGUCCUGUAAAUUACGAAGUUCCUAAAAACUUCCAUGUUCCUGAAGAAGAGGAAGCCAGGCUUCAAAGAGAGCGCCAGCUUGAUCUGCAAGCCCAAGACGCUCAGAGGAAUCAAGAGUUCAUACAGCAAGAGUCCAGCAUAAGGAAUUACCAGGAGCUCCUGGCAGCCGAUGAUCAAGACUUCAUUCCGAACCCCGAACAGUUUGAUUGUCCAAUCUGUUUUGAUGUCAUCCCUGCAGGUGAUGGAGUGGUGCUCAGAGAAUGUCUCCACUCAUUUUGUAGGUCUUGCUUGGCUGCUGCUGUGCAGUUUACUGAUGAAGCUGCUCUCAAAUGUCCAUACCAGGAUGACAACUAUUCCUGUCCAGCCCUUCUACAGCAGAGAGAAAUCAGAGCUCUAGUGGAGCCUACAGUGUUUGAGAGAUUCCUUCAGAGAGGGCUGCAGACAGCAGAGAGUCAGGCGGUUAACAGCUACCACUGUAAGACAACAGACUGCACUGGUUGGUGCAUUUAUGAAGACCUGGUCAACUUCUUUGACUGCCCGGUGUGUGGAAAGCAGAACUGCUUGACGUGUAAGGCCAUCCACGAGGGCAUGAACUGUAAACAGUACCAAACAGACCUGCGGAUCAGAGCAGAGAAUGACGUAGCUGCUCAGCAGACACACCUGGUUUUACAGAAUUUGCUUGUCGGAGGAGAGGCGAUGCACUGUCCAACCUGUCAGGUGAUUGUCCAGAAGAAAGAAGGCUGUGACUGGAUCUGCUGCUCUAUUUGUAAAACAGAGAUCUGCUGGGUGACUAAGGGACCCAGGUGGGGUCCAAAUGGUGAAGGUGAUACGAGUGGCGGGUGUCGAUGUAAAGUGAACAACCAGAAAUGUCAUCCAGACUGCACCAACUGUCACUGAUCAAUAACUGCCUUCCAAAAUACAGUUGAACUGCAGCUGACAGAUGCCCAGUUUGUGUCAGUUCGACAACAUCAGUGCAUUCAUUACAUGUAGAUGCCCUGGCUCUCAUUGUUUCUUAAUUGGUGACAAUAAGUAGUCAACUACUCCCCUAGAGAUUUCAUUGGAAGACCUAGUUAAAACCAACUGGUUUGAACUGUGUGCAGUUUUCAAAUUAGUUAAGGGAUCUGCCGCAGUGAAAUCAUUGGCAUGGUGAAGGUGUGUCAGGUUGCCGAUAAUGGUGUACCAAUGGUUGAAAACAGGAGACUGUCUAAUUUAUCACUGACCUGUAAUACUGCCCUGCUACAUGUGUUAUUGCUGAAUGGUAUGCGGAGUGUCUGCCUCUUAAACGGGGCAGCCUGGUUAAGGGUGGAAACAAGCCAUGCCUGAGACGACAUGACUUUUAUCAUAUCUUACUUGGUAUUCUGGAAAAAGAUAGAUGAAGGACAGAUAGGCAUGGUGCCAGUAUGCUGUUUGCAGUAUGGGGCAUCGUGUGUGGUGGCUUCAAAAAGUUCCUUGCAGUAUGGGGCAUCGUGUCUGGUGGCUUCAAAAAGGAGUUCCUUUGGCUGUAUAUGAACCCACAUUAGUGUAUAGCCUGAGUGCACUGUUCAUGUGUCAGCUGAUACGAAUAUGUAAGUGCACAAUAGAGCACAGAGGGUGCUUUAUUUCAGCAACAUUCUUGUGACAUGAUGUUCCAACCCCUGAGAGUUGAGAAUUCUUGUUCACGAUCAGUGAUCUCGUGCUAAAUUUGGGCAUUCGGAAACUUGGUUUUCUUUGGGAUCAACAUGAGAACAGUGAGUCAAAUUUAUUUAUACCCAGAGACAUAGCACUAUAAAACAUGUAAACAAGGGCAAUUAAUAAGAUUGUGUUAAAGCAGUUUAGUUAUUAAUUUAUUCAUUGGCAGGUACGAUAUUCCUUUUGUGACACCCAAAGGAGGUAAUCAUAUAGUGUCGCCAGUGGUUCAACUAGGAAGGUGAAAUGUGUGCAGCGUGCGUCUGCUUUAUUAAAGGCAAAGAAAACACUAAACUAAGUAUAUAUCAGAUGAAAGAUCAUUAAAAAAUGCUCAGGAAAUUUUUUUACAAUUUGUUCAACCUAGUAAAGGACCGGUGACAUCACAUAAGGCUUCUACAUUUCAUCAUUCAAAAUGUAUAUACAUAUAGAUCUAUAAAUGCAUUCUCCGAUUUGACCUUGAAACAAAUUAUUUCUGGCAAAAAGUAUGGAUAUUGUAUUUAAGCAGUUAUAGUUGUAUGAAUGAUAUAUGAAAAAUAUUCAUAACUUGAGUAUCCGGGUUCCUGGCAAGGGCCAGGAGGUGAUAAAUAGCACAGAGCUAAAUGAGGGGAAAUGCUUAUUUUUCCCAAUGCCUAAUGUUUAAAAAACUACAGAACAAUGAAACUAUCAUAUUUGAAGGCUAGGCACAUUCUUCUCCAGAAAAAUUUCUUACCUAAAAUCCAUAUUUUUCAUUAUUAGUGCUAAAAUCUUAUUCAAGGCUUAUCUCGCCUGGAUUAAUUUCGGUUUGUGUUCUCACCUCCUGUAUUCUUGCCACGUGACUAAAGAUUGUAUUGAUGAAUGGCUCAGAGCAGCUAUGACAUCAGACAUUACCCCCAUUGAUGGUUUUGAAUGUUUCUGUGCAAUCGCAUCAUGCACCUAAAUUAACGUCCAUGGCGACGUAUAGGGAAGCGAUACGUCACUGUGGUAAUGCACAUUGCGACAGCGUUGUAGUGAAAUCUGUGCGAUAUACGGAGAAAAAAAAUGAGUUAAGCUGUCAGAUCAAUUAGGAGAGUAUGUCUGCAUGUUUUUCUGGUUGUGGGAAAUUUUAGCACUUUAACGGACUACAACCUUGUUUGCAUUUUAUCUCCAGAAUAACUGUAAUAAGCUGAUUUGUUUUCAUUUUUAACUACACGGGCCUGUAAAACUGGUCAAUUUUUAGGGUAUGUCUAUUUUUAGCUUUUAUGUUGUUGUUUUGGCAUUAUGUUAGAUUACAUCACUAUACAUGCAAUACCGCGGUCAUAUAAGUAAAAUAUUCUUGAGUACAGUGUAAAACACCAAUCAAAUAAAUAAAUAUACAUGCAAUA